UGAAUCAGUGCUGAUCAGCAGACAUGAAGACAAUGUCAGUAAUACAGAAUAAUAUGAACGGGAGAAAAGACAAAAAACAAACUCUAAAUGUCCAUUUUUCCAAACAAACACAACAACUAAGGUUUUGAAACAGAGUCGAUUAACCCUAAGAUGGAAAACUUGUGACUUUUCACUUCCAUAAUAGCUGAUCAAAGUAAGUUUAGUCAUCUCUGAGUAGUUAAGCCUGAAAAUAAAACCAAUAAUUAAUGGAGGCUAUGGCCCCGUUUACACGAGGACGCUCGCGGGUAAAAACGACAAAAUAUUUUAUUGGAAGUGCCUUUCGUUUAGACGGUGACGGCGUUUUGGGGGCUUAAAGACGCAAAAAUAUGAAACCACCUUCCAAAGUGGAAAAGUUAAAUACGCUCCGCCGUAGCGUGUCCGUCUACACUGCCAAGACGCAAAACUCUGCUCAGAUCUGCUCACGUCACGUUUACGUCACAUACAUGCUCCAGUACAGGAAAAUAAACAAACGUGGGAUUAUUUCCAUGCGUCGGACCUUCAAGCUGCUCUGGCAGCUCUAAUAAACUUACAGGAGUCUUUCCACCAAAUGUACAGGAUAUGUAGAGAUAGUAUUACUGAACAGAGAAGGAUCUGUAAUUACCUCCAUCACAUUUUGGAUGCAGCAAUUCGUCGGAGGCGAGCCAGACGGCUGGGAACGAGUAGCUGAUGAAAAUGUGUGGCGUGAAAACUUCUGCAUGCCCAAAGAUGCUCUUAUCUCUUUAAGUGAUGCCGCCUGGCAUGCAUACAAUCGAAUUUCACACACUUUUGCGUCACCGUAUGCACGCAGAUUUCCUCCCGAAAAUGCUCGUCUAAACGAGGAAUAAAAAGUGAAGACGCGACGCCACUUUACUACUACUAUGACUCAUCAUGGCAGCAGGAGCCAGCAGGAUGUCUGUGACCAUGACCAGGGCUGAGGGGGUCACUGUGUUCACUUUGUCCUCAGACCCCCAAAGUGUUUGUCCUCCACUCUGCCAAAUCCUCAAAGGCCUUUGCUACAGCCCCACAUGCUGCUCUGUGUCUCAGCACCUGAGGAGGGUCCAGGGAUCUUCUCAGUCAGUGCUGGGGGCUAUGCACAUUAUGGUCGGGUUGCUCAACAUAGGCCUCGGAGUGAUCCUCCUUUGCUCUGGCGUUGGCCCUUGGUGGGAAAUAGCAUACACCAUGUUUCCUUUUUGGCUUGGUGGACUGUUUAUAUUAUUCGGCAUCAUGAGCAUUGUGUCUGAGAAGUGCCCCAGUCCAUGUCUGGUCAUCAUCAAUGUAAUCCUGAAUCUAGCAGGAGUUGCUUUUGCCAUUGCAGCCAUCGUACUCUCCAGCAUCAGUUUAGCAAACGUGAUUUGGUGGUCGUGUGAUCGGAACAAUUAUGAUUAUGGAUACUACAGACACACUACUGCUGCUUCAUCUCCUUGGGAGGAGUACAUGAAGGAGAAAUGCUUGGAGGGCAAAGAACUGGCUCUGAUGCUUCUGAGAAGCAUGAGUGCUGUGCUGGUUGUGCUGUCCGUCCUGGAGCUCUGCCUCGUCAUCAACUCCGCCGUCUUGGGGAUCAAGUCUCUGAGGAGUCGUGUGAAGGGAGAAAACAAGGAGACUGGUGACCCUGAACUCUACAGUCCACUGCUGGAGGAAGUCACCAGUAACCCCAAAGCCUAAAUAAACAUCUCUGCUUUGUGCUAUCGGUUACCACCUACUAUAAUCCUGUUAAUGUCAAUGGUUUAUACAUGGGUCUUUUCCUACAACUGUUGCUUUUGAAUGUUUGCACUUUUAUUUUAGAUUAUUUUUAUAAUAAGUUGCACUACAUUGUAUAUGCUGCUGUUAAUUCUUUCUCUUUUGGUUGUUUUUUUUAAAACUGUUUCUCGAAUAAUGUGCCUUGUAGUCAGUAUGUCUGUGGUUUAAACUGAGUUUAAUGCAAAUGCAUGUAAUGGGCUGUAUUUGUUUGCGAUUUACGAUAGCCGUACAUACUCAAUAUUUUGGUGAUACAUUUGUGCUCUGUACUUUUUACAUCACCAUUAAGAUUAAUAAAACCUAAACUUAUGGAACAGUG